AUGAGAGACAAAUUAGGAGGUGAUGAUGAGCCUUACUAUGAUAGUUCAGAUCCAGAUAGUUUUGAAUCUGAAUCAGAUCUAGAAGGGGAGGGUGAUCCUGUAUCUGAUGAUGAUGUAGAUGAUAUGGGACAGUUAAGGGGAAGGAAAAAAACAAAUAGAGUGGUUUAUGAUCCUUCUGCCAAAGUUGUUACUUGGCAAUUAGGGAUGGUAUUUGAGAAUGUGAAGGAAUUUAGAGAAGCAAUUACCAAGUAUGCUAUAAAGAAAGGUAUUCAGCUAGUUAAGGAUCCCAAUGAGCCCCACAGAGUCAGAGUUAAAUGCAAAACUGGUUGUCCUUGGUUGUUGUAUGCUAGCAAGGAAGGUAGGAGUACAAACUUCACAAUCAAGACUUACAAUCCAAGACACAAAUGCCAUAAAACCACUUACAACUAUUUGUGUAAUUCAAAAUAUGUGGCAAAGCAGUUCAACGAUAGAAUUACCUCACAACCAAGAAUUAAAGGUUGGGAAAUUCAGGAUAUGGUGAGAAAAAAGCUUGGUUUAUAUGUUGGUAAGUCUGUUUGUUUGAAGACCAAAAAGAUUGUGUUGAAAGAGAUUAUGGGGGAUCAUGUUGCUGAGUUUGGUAGGAUUCUGGACUAUAGGGAUAUGCUACUCAAACAAAUCCUGGGGUUUAUGGAGGGUUGUAGGAGAUGUAUAGGGUUAGAUGGAUAUUUUUUAAAGGGUGUUUGUAAAGGGCAACUGUUGGCAGCAGUAGCAAAGGAUGGGAAUAACCAAAUGUUCCCAAUAGCUUGGGCUGUUGUAGGCACUGAAAAAAAGCAAACAUGGAGUUGGUUCCUUGGGUUAUUGCAAACUGAUUUGAACUUGGGAGAUGGCAGGGAACUCACCAUGAUAAGUGACAUGCAAAAGGGACUAUGUUCAGCUGUUGAAGAGAUUUUACCUGAGUGUGAGACACAUUCUGGCAAACUGGGCUAUAAAAUGGAGAGAGAUUGA